GUUCAUGUCGUCGGCGUCUUUCAAGUAUCUUUCAAAUAAUCAAAUCGUAAAUAUUUGCAGUUUUCGAGUAUUGUAAUUUUGAAAUUCCUUAGGAAAAAUGAAUCGAAACGUGAAUUAUGCAGUUUUUAAAGAACCGAGGGCUUUCAUAAAGAUUCUGGAAAUAGUAAGCUUUCUUUUUUGUUGUAAUUUUUGCCAAUUUAAUACGUAGCAUGCGUGACAAAUUAUAGUUUAUAUAUGACUAUGCGGAUAUUAAAAGUAAACAUCCCUGUACAGAAUUCUUGCUAAAAUGUGUAUGUAUCUAUAUUUUUAUUGCGGAAAGCCAGGUGCUUAGGUUGGUAUUGAAGUGAUUUGGUCAAAGAGAAUGAUAUUAUGAUUAUAUGUAAUUUUGAAGACCUCUUAAUAUAACAUUUUGUAAAUAAUGCUAAAUAUGGCUGACAUCUGUUAUUGAAAAUGAAAGGACUAUUUUACAUUAUUACUCGGGCUGCCAUUGUGAAAAGUUUGUAUCGUGCAACUGAGAUAUCUGCAGUGUCCGACAAAUUGCUUACUUAUGUAUACCAGAGGUAGAGAGGUACGCCAAUAUUACAGUCUGGUACUUUUUUAGCCAGUACCAUGUUGGAUGCGUCUUUCAGUUGUAUCAAAUUUUCUUUCUCCUAAAUCUCUUUAGGGUAUAGCAAUUUUUGCAUUUUCAACAACAGCUGGUUACUACAGUGAAUUCAAAGUCAGUUCAAGUCUUCGGCCGGGAAAAGAGUGCAUUGUCAAUUCAACUGGUGUAAAACAUGACGAUAUAUUAUACAAGGUUGAAGGGAAAUUUGAAUAUCCGUUUGACGAUGACAUGGUUUAUACAUUUUAUGGUAGUCACACUGGUAAAAUUAUACAUAAUUGCACAAAUGUCACGAAGCCUGUCGAUAAGGCGGCUUUGGAUGUUGCAGCAAAGCACAAAAGUGAAGCACAGUUUUUUGUAUUUACUGGUGUUUUGUCAUUCUUGUACUGCUUGUUUGCAUGCCUCUACUAUGCCAUACUGGAAAAUCCUUCAGAGAACAUGUAUUCUACCGAUGUUGGAAGAUUUUCCUGGGUUGUUGUGGUAAGUAUUUACAGUUUAAUUGUUAUUACAGAUUUACAGUAAACACCUUUGGGACCUCACAAAUUUGUCUCUGCUAAAAGGAGGUGUUUGCUUACCGGUAAAGGAAACCGGUAGUCAAAUUAAGAGCAUGGACAGAUUUUCAGAUUUUGCUUUGGGAGGGUGCCGAAAAUUUUUUGGGCGGAGUUGAGCGAUUGGAUGUGUACCACAGCUGAACAAACUGCGGCAGAGGUUUGGGGCACAGUUGCAAAAGAAAUUUUGAGAUUUUUGGUCUUAUUUAUUUCAAAUUGCUUUUAGUCAUACUGUACUUAGCUCAAAAUCUGUCUUUUAUUUUAUCACAAAAAAUAUUACAAACAAAAAAAUCGGAUCGGAUUGAUAAAGUUGUUUCGUAGUCGGAUCGGAUUUGAUAUCCGAAAUAAAAUGAAUUAAUUAUCCACGCAUUAUCGCAAAAAUUAAUUAUCCAUGCAUUAUCGCAAAAAUUAAUUAUCCAUGCAUUUAUCAAAUAUUAUUGCUGCAUUAUUCGUUUGAUAUUUCAAUUGGACGUCACUUUGUCAGCUUCUUAACAUGUAUUUCUUGCUUUUAUAUUUAUUUGGUUAAAUAUUUCAACCUGAAUGAGAAAUUUAUUUUAUUAAAUUAAAGAAUUAGAACUUUGGAUUGGAUUGGACUUCUUUUUCAAAACUUGGAUUGGAUUAGACAAUUUUGGAUCCAUCCGAUCCCAGGGGCGGAUUCAGACAGGUUUGACAGGUUUAUAUAUACCUGUGAGAUUUUCCAAAGAGAGAAAAACCUUCCAUGUAUAUAACUAAUUUAAAGAAUAUUCUGUUUCAUAAAAUUGAUGUUGUCUAAUCUAUUAUGCCACUUAAACACUGUUAUUGAAAUUUGAUUAUGGAUUACCGAGCGUAUAAGGACUUAUCGCCCUGGUUUCCUCUUACAAAAUUUGGAAAUACUAGACUAACUGACCUGCUAAUAUAUCGUUGUGGGUCGUAAACAUCGCAUGAAUCACACAUAACUGCCCACAAUUAUGAGUAAACCGGUGGUCAGAGUUUUCUCCAUGAGAGUAAACCGGUUGAUACGCCAUUAGAUUGGCUAAACGGCUGCGCUCCGCCGGAUGUAAACCGGUCAUAAACCUGUGAGUCGAGCAGCAUUUAGAGAAAACUGGGUAUGAAAGUUAACAGAACUCGAGGACGCGCGAAAUAUGUUUAUAAUUUUGCAUGACUGAAUCAAUGCGUUGGCGAUAGAAGCAUUUACAUGGAUUUCUUGUUCAUUUUGAAGGUUUGUUUUUUAAAAGUAUAUCUAGUCUAAAGUUAUAACUGUAAGCUAUUUCUACUUACUGUAUAGUAAAUAUUGAUUCAUCAACAAGCGUAUCGAUGUUUAUACGUGUAACUACACAGUACACAGUCUAUGUAUGUAUAAUCUUGUGUGACAGAAUCAUUGCGUUGGCGAGAGAGAAUCGGGAAAUGAUUGUGAUUAUUUGUGAAGCUUUAUUCACGCUCUUGCAGUUUGGUUUCUAGUUCAUUGUUAAAGUUGGUUUGAAAGCAUAUAGAUCUAAAAUUACAACUAUGUUUAUAUUAAAAGCAUCUCUACUUGUUGUACUUAUAAUAAAUAUCGAUGCAUCAGCAAUUCAGUUGCCAAUCCUAUAUUUUCAUCACUAGCUAAUAGGUUUCCGAAAAGGUUCAAUUCAUUGUUUGAGCUGCGUGUUAGUCCAAAAUUCUCUUAAAAAGAUAUAUUUUCUAAUCAUUAAAUUCAUUUAAAAAGUGACGCCAGAAUGCAGGAAAUGCUGUUUCAGAGGCCCAAAUUUUAAAAAUUUCCUGGGGGAGCAUGCCCCCGGACUGCCCUAGUGGUUGUGUGGACCUAGUAAACCGGUCACCAAAAACGCUGGAUCCGCCCCUGGAUCCGAUCCAAAACAUCCGAUCCGAUGCACACCUCUAGUAACCAGUAUCCGAGUCACCAUACUGUACUUGGAUUCUCAGAUGGGAUACUACAACUUUGAAUGUGGUGUCCCAGUAGAGUGCUGACAAAAAUUUUGAAUUUCAGACCUAAAUAAUCUCUUUAGUUGUAUAACUAACUGAUGACCUCCAAAUCUCUACAGGAUUUUCUCAUGAGUGUGUUGAUAACCAUAUUCUGGUUUGCCGGCUCGGCAGCCUGGGCUGCUGGAUUACCUGGACUCAAAGAUGAUACAGGACCAGAUACCUUUAUUGAUAAAAAUCCCAUUCUGUGUCAGGGCAUUCUAUUAUGUGAUGUCGACAAGGAACCCAACUAUGCCACCUUGAAAGUCUCAAUAGUAAGCCAGUUUUUAUACUAUUUUGCUUGAGCAUGUGAUGAUCUUAAGCAGGGUGCGAUAAUUCGCGUACCAAUGUACCGGAGGUAUGCCAAAUUUAUGGUUUGGUACUUCUUUAUUUUUAGGCAUGAAGUACCACAUAGGUACGCGGAAAUUUGCUAUUUGCGUACUUACAUUUUCCAUCUAGCAAUAACUAGCAAACCUGGCAAAGUAUUCAAAACCGUGAAGAACUUUAGCUGUACAUGUAAAUUCCACGCAUCCGACAUAUUUUGGGAUGAAAAAAGCCAAAAGAUUAUCUUUGCGCCUGAUCAAAAAAUUUUAAAUUUACCACCAUCGUCCGACUGAAAAAAAUUAUUAUUCAGUAUUAUGUUGUACAAAUACCAUAAUUAAAGAUUCAUUUGUACAAAAUUACCCAUACAUUUUUUGCUUUUGGACCAGUAAACUAUAGGUAGGUAUAAAGACACAUGACUCGGAAGUAGGGGUGCACCGGAACCAGUUUUUUAAGUUCCGGCCGGAACCGGAUCCGACCGGAACUGGAAAAAAGUUCCGGCCGGAAGUUCCGGCCGGAAACGGAACUAAUUUAUUAAGCCAUAUAUAGUCGUAUGUUACUUUGUCCGCUGCCAGACAGGCAAACACUUCAAGUCAUAAAGGAGAGAGCUCGCAAAUGUUAGAAUAAAAAGAUUGACAAGCGUUAAACGUCAUAAUGAAGUGUUAAUAGUGUGCAUUUCCCUUGCGUAGUCCAAAUUUCUUCCUACUGUGACCUUUUGUUAGACACAAAAACGUUUGAUAUUCUAUCUCUCUGAAAACAACAGAGUUCCGGUUCCGGCCAUGCUUUUUUUACUAGUUCCGGCCGGAACCGGAACUCGGGGUUCCGGCCGGAACAAACCGGCCGGAACCGGGUUCCGGUGCACCCCCACUCGGAAGUAGUCUUAGGUACGUAAGACUCUUAAGUUUGUACCAGAUCAGGUACGCGGCAAAAGUUGUUGGAGUACCAGUCAGGUAUGGCUAAAAAUAUUGAAUUAUCGCACCCUGUCUUAAGAGUAAGAGUAAGAACAAGCUUACGUGUGUACCCAAUUUGCUAUUUAUUAUAUAUUGCACACGUAAAAACACAAGUUGUUACAAAUCUGCAAACAAGUUAUAUACGGUACAGUAAACAGGUUGUUGUCAAGCCAAUAUCAGUAAGUGUUUGCACAGCUUGUUACCGGUUGUUGUGACCAGGGACGUAGCCAGGGGGAGUCGCGGCUCCCCCCCCCCCCCUUUUGGAAAUAUUUAUUGGCUAAAUAUAUGUACCGGUACUUACUUCAACAUUAAUUAAAGUAAAAUUGAUUCUCGACACAAUGACAUGCCUCAAAAUCAAAGUAGAGUGUCCACGACGAGUUUGUCAAAGAUCAGUGUGUCGAGAAAACCAAGAUGUUUCAGAUGUUGACGAUUCUACUCACGGACUUGAUUAUUUCCGUAUAGCAGUGGAUAUCCCAUUUUUGAAUACAAUUCUUGAGCAUUUGCGAUUUCGAUUUAAUGAGAAAACGACGUUUGCUGCAGUGACGCUUUUUCUGGGAAAAUCAUGCAAUUCAGGUAACUUAUAGGCCCAGAGAAAGUAAAUUAACAAAAAUAAUUGUGAAUUUGGUAAAGAAUGAGUUUAAUUUUACAAAAAUGUUCUAAAAUCUUUGGAAUUUAGGAAAAUUUUUUAACUUAACGGAAAAUUUUGGUAUGUCCGGAAAAUAUUUUUGACCCCUAAAAUGGUACACUGACAGAAAUUUUUUUGGCGACGGGGGGGAGCUCUAUAGAUGUGCCCUUGGUGUGUGUCUGCCCCCCUUUGCAUUAUUAUCGUUCCGGCGUCUCUGACUACUAUACCUUUAGCCUGGCCUCAUGGCUCCCCCCCCCCUUUUUCAGGUCUGGCUACGUCCCUGGUUGUGACAAGUCUGGAACAAGUUGUUAACACCUUGCAGGGAUAUUUUCAAGCAUUUUAGUUCACUACCGUUUUCCAGAAGAAGAUUGAGUUUCUUUUUGGGGGGAGGGAGGACGUCAAAAUAUUUUGUGGCCAAGGAGCGCACAUUCCAAAAUAUUUUGGAGGAUGUAAAAUAAACGACUUUUACAUGUUUACAUGUUGGAAAGGGGAGUUCCUCAAAGCGCCACAUGCACCAUGGUUGGCGCCGAGCGGAAAAAUUUUGAAACUUUGAAGUCUCUAGAUCAUCGGAAAUGGCAUUUUCAGACUUUAGUUUGGCCAUCAAGUGGCUGUGGAGCAAAGAAAGGAAGUUGAUUCAGGCAGUACAGUGUAUAAUGGCAAUUAGCAAUUCUGUAACCUUCCCUAUUAUUUUUUAGACACUGUCCAAAAAAUAAGUUUUCAACAGCUUUUUGAACAAAAUUGUAUAGAAAAACAGGUUUUUAAUGGAACAUUUAGUUACAUUAAAAAAUCAAAUUGUGAAAAAAAUCAUUGUGGGGGAAGAUUGAGUUUCAAAACUCAAUUGAAGAUUGAGUAUUUACUACCGUAAAAAAAAAAUUAAUAUUUUCAAAAAACUUUUAAAAAAUUAGGGUUAGUGAUUAGGUUUGAGGUUAGUGUUCGGUGCCGCGAAUUUAUUUAUUUUAUGACAAACCCGAAAUGUGCCGCGGAUCUGUCAUGGUGUUGAGUUCGGGCGUGUUUGGGAAUUUGCUCGUGUGAUGAAUUCGGGUGGGUGGAGCUCAAUGCUGCCAUUUCAAAGUAUCGUUUCUAUCACUAAAUUCUUAAGCAUCAUUAAUCUUAGUUUGUUUUUUGAGUUGAUGGCAUAUGUUUAUUUAUGACUGUAGUUAUGUAUUGUAUUCUAUAUGUAUUGCAUGUUUCCUGUUGUAUCUUUAAUCGGAGGAAUGCCUCGCAUGGGACCUCGAGUCCCGUUCGCACUCCUACCGUUUGUUCACUAUCCAAUAAAGUAUUUAAAACUAAAAACCUUAUACCGGUAAGAGAAAAAUGCUUGAAAAUAUCCCCGACCUUGGUGCAAGGUUGAUGAUGGUAACAGACUUGCUUGUUCCUAGUUGUUGACAAGUCUGGAACAACUUGUUAUCAAAUGUCAAUCUUCUAAUAAGGUUGAUGAGGCCAACAGACUGGCAACAAGUUGUUCCAACAAGUCUGAUAUUGGCUGCACAUAACAAGUUGAUGACGACGAGCUAAUAUAGCAACUUGUUAUGAACAGCCGUAUUUGAAAAAGUUUGGUCGCAAAAUGUUGUAAAAUGCGGAAAAUAUAGCCUGCAAAAUAUUCAAAUUUUGUAUUAAUUUGUAUCACGUGCGGGAAAAUGCACGGAUGCACACCAACCUCAAGCCUGGGAACGAGGUUGCACCACUGGAUGCACCAGAUCUGGGCCGAAAGUGGUGCAUUUUCCCGCGCGUAAUACAAAUUAAUACAAAAUUUGCAAAUUUCGUAGGGCUAUAUUUUCCUCAUUUUACAACAUUUCGCAGCAAAACUUUGCAAUUUUACUCAUUUUAACGCUCUUUCCAACUGCGGUGAUGGAUUUUGUUCUUCUUGCCUAGAUCAUAAUUUAGUCUAUAGGUGGAGUCGUCCAUUUGUUACUUAUUAUAUACUGUACUGCACACGUAAAAAUACAAGUUGUUGCACUAUCUGCUAUCUGCAAACAAGUUAUAUGACAAGAUUGUUGUGACAAGUCUGGAACAAGUUGUUGUCAAUCUUCUAAUGACGGUUGAUGAGGCCAACAGACUAUAGCAAUUUGUUAUGAAAAGCUGUAUUGCAACAACUUCCAAGCAGUGCGAACAAUCUAAUGUUGUUACAGCGUUGUUCAGUUGUGAUGUGUUGCUGUAACAACUGGGAACAGGUUCUUCCGGCAAGGCUGAAUUUUGGUGGAAAUAGUGGGGGAGGUGGAAACACAUUGGGGGAGGUGCUGCAGUCUAGUUCACGACCACCAUGGAAAGUUAGGGCUUAGAACGGGCCAAAGUCAACGAAGUGACGUAUGCAUGUAGUGUACAUAUGUAUCAGUGUAUUAAUGAAUUAUGACUGUACAACUCAUCUAAUUUUGCCCUUCAUUACAAUUACUAUAAAAUUUCUUUCAAAACAUCGCAUGAAAAGGGUACUUGGCACAUGGAGAUGGAUGGCUAUCACUGUUUCAAUUUUACAGAAAAAUGUUUUAACGAAGUGUAGACCCUAACGCCUGUAUUCUAAAAGCUCACUCACACCCAAUGAGUGGAGGUUCAAUCUGAGCUGUUCUUGACUGUCAGUGCUGUUUUUGAAUAGCUGGAGGGUAAGUAAUCACAUAGUAAGAUAUGACACUAGCCCUCCAGAUAUUCAAAAACAGCAGUGACACUCGAGAGAACCUCAGAUUGAACUUCCACUCACUGAGUGUGAGUGAGCUUUUAGAAUACGGGCGUAAGAAACCAAAUUUUCACUUUGAUUUAUCGUUGAAAUUUUCCCAAGUGGAGGUGCAUGUCUUUUCAGGGGAGGUGCAAAAAUUCUCAGGGGAGAUGCAAAACAAUUUCUUGGGAGGUACGCACCUCCCCACAACUCGUUCAUUUUUACGUACCUAUUGGCUAUACUUUUUAUACUUUGGACAAAAGUAAUGGAAUGCGGAAUUUGUGAAAACCCACGGUAUUUAAAUUGUUACAGACAAUUAAACAAAGUUGGUGCAAUAAUUAACCUGCUUUUCAUAUUUCAGAUUCUUGGUUUUCUUAAUUUAUUUGUGUGGCUGGGAAAUCUGUGGUUUUUGUUCAAAGAAACUCCCUGGCAUAAUCCCCAACGAGAUGAAUUCCAGAGUGAGUAGCGAAACUAUAUUCUACUCUUCGCCUGUACAAACUAUGAAAUAUUCAAUAUCAGAUUCUGUAGACCAACCACUUGGCCACCCGCAGAUGAAUCUAUAUGUAUCAACUUUAAUGACUGCCUUUUUUGGUGUAAAUCUUAGUUCUUUAAACUUCCCUCCCCCCUCAGGGUUCUUUUCAGGGAUUUUUUAGGGCCGUAAAACGGCCCCAAAAACUCAAUCUUGAAUUGAGUUUUGAAACUCAAAUCGAUAUUUUCCAUUAUUUUCGUUUUUGUAACUGUCACCUUCUUCAUUUUUCCAGACGAGUCAGUUCAGUAAAACUUCCUGGUGGACGUUUCGUGAGGACAAUAUUAUAG